AUUUUAUAUAUUUGAUUGUUUUGUUCAAUGCUGUUCACUUUAUUAUGCUGGGAAAAUUGGUGCAAAACUUCACUGUUGAUUAAUUUAGACGAUUUCUUAAAUGUUAUAAUCGGACAAAAUCUAGGGCUACAUAGAGUUUUAAGAAAGGUCGAUAAAAUACUUACUGCGUUUGACAAAUAUGGCGUAUUUUAUACAUGUUUAUGUAUAAAAUGGAUGUACAAAGGUGACUAGAACUUCUAUAGAAUCAUCAAGUCAUUUGGGAUUUCGUGGUUAUUGAUGCAUUAAAUUUGGUACAAAGAAUUUGGAUGAAAUCUAACGAAUUCAAUAUGGUUUAAUCUUGUGUUAUUUGCGAACAGAUUUGAAGUUUUCAGCAGAACUUUACAUAUUUUGGACAUAUAUAAAAUAUUACAGUAUAAAAGACAUGGAUUGCACAUGUAUAAAUCGGAAUAAUAAUAUGGCUUCAUUCGGUAGAAAGGACAAACGUAGAGCUUCUAAAAACUCUGUAUUUCAUUGGAUUCAAAAACGAAAGCUAUCUGACAUGGUUUAUCCCAAUAAGAUGUUAAAAUCGUAUGUGACAAGAAAGCUACCUCCGAUUUUUCAAGCCAAAGAGUUCGAUAUGGGUACAAUUGAUAAAAUAUUUGCCUCACAUUGGCUUGAUGACAGAAACGUUGUUUAUGGAACUAAAUGCAACAAAGUAUGUUUUCCUGUCAAUUUCAAUUUUUGAUGCUGUUUCAAUCCCCAACUCGUGGGGAAGAGUACCUAAAUGUGACCAUGGUAAAUCUGUCUUGUACAUUAAUGGUAUACCCAUUAAAUGGGUUAGCCAGUAAUACCCAACACUUUCCUCUGACAAGUAAAAUUGUUGAGCAUUAAAGGUCAUUAAAGGUUCCGAUAGAAAAGCAAUACUUUUGCUACAGUGGUCGAAUAACACAUUGAUGUGGUUAUUACUGGUGGACUGUUUUGGUUACACAGAAGAUCCACACGACACAAACAUGCGGCAUUGGCCUACAAAAAACCUAUUUUUCACACAUGCCAACACGAUUUUGUGCAAAAAGAGAGAAUUCAGAAAUAUUUUGUGCCGAAGAUUUUUUGGUAAAAUCAACAAACUUUCCACUGGCAGUGGUUGUAGUUAUUACCUGUAUUACCUACAUUACUUGUAGUAAUACUGGAUUUUCAUUGUCUGGUCAAGAAAUAUGUCAAUCACCAACUCUAACAACGCCCAUAUGAAACAAAAUUCAACAAAUUCUUAUAGUUUUGUGUAUUAAAUUGAAUGCAAAGUUUUAUAACUCACCCAUUUAAUUUCAACUGCCAUUAUUUUUUAAGCUUUGUAUUCUUGAUACAUUGACUGGAACAUCGUGUAAAAUGUCCAUGAUCAAAGGGCCGAUACCAAUGGAACCGGAGAACAACUGUGGUAUUCAUAGUCUUGAAAUUAACCCAUCUGGAACGCUGCUUGCUACUGGUGGAGAAAACCCUAAUGAUCUUGGUAUCUAUAAAUUACCAGAGUUUCACCCUGUGUGUCUGGGAGUGGUAAGUAGUGGAACAGAAUAUGGUGAAUUUAAAAUAGAUAUAUCACCAGCAGUAGAAUGAUCUCAAGCCAAACUCUCUACAUGAGAUUAAGGCUCUAUCAAACCAAGAAUAUAUCCCAAGAUUUUUGGCAUCUUGUUUUAAGAGCAAGAAGAGUUUACAUUUAUUUUGUAUCAUACAUUUUUGUAGAAGCACACCGACUGGAUUUUUAGUAUUGUGUGGUUAAAUGACUAUCUAGUCGCUACAGGUAAAGUAUUUAUGUACUAAGAGAAUUUAAUUGACAAGCAAACUUUUUAACUCCUCAUCUUCCAACACUUUACCAUAGACCAACACCACAUGUUUACAAGCUUAACCCAUUGUUUACCAUUUAUCGAGUUUCUCGCUCAUUGGUGAGCAGAUUUCCAAACAGACCGAUUGCCCAUUUGACAGGGGAUCUGAGAAAGUCAUAGAAAGUGCUGAUUCGUGUACCCCCCAGAUCAGUGAUAGCAUAUUCUUCACUACAGGCUCUCGAGAUGGAUGUCUUGGUGUGUGGGAUACAAGAUAUGAACCAAACUUAGAUAAAUCAUCAGAUUCUGUGUUAAUCAAAGAACCAGUCAGGUGGCUAACAAGUACACACACAGAUGAGCGCUUCAGAGCAAUACAAUACAACCCUGUUUCAAAUGUAUGUAUGCCAUGUUAUUGCUAUAAUACUGAACUAGCAUAUGUAGUAAACAUCUAUUAUUUCUUGACUGAAAUGGACCUGAUAUUGACCAUUAUUUGUUUUACAGGAAUUGGCUAGUUUGUCCACAAAAGCAGUUCUGCAGAUAUGGGAUGCAAAUAGAUUUAAAACCGUAAGUAAAAUAAGCAGGAAAUAUCACUUUGUGCCCAUUCUCCAGAAAAUAUUGAGAAAAAAUGAGAUGGUUAGGCUAUAGUGUUAACCAGCAUUCAGUGCCAACAAUUUUAUGGGUGCUGCUCUGUUUAGAACAGCAGUUGCAUCAAUCCUAUAACUCCAUAUUGUUUUUCUUUUACAAGAUUUCAUCAGUUGACUUGCCGUACCAACAAGAGAAUAUUUGUCUUUCGCUGGAACCUGGUCACACUCUGUAUGCUGUUGGUUCCCAGUCACAUGUCACCAUGUUGGAUGGUCGAUGUCCAUCAAACUUUCUUUAUUCUGUAGAAUCCAUCGAUAAGGAUGCAGGUGCUGACAUCAUUGCAAAACAUCUUGGUUAUCAUAGCAUUACCAGGCAGCACAUUCAUUAUACAUGCAUAGGCCUCUAAUUUAUGCUUUUGAAACAGACAGAACCAUUGUAGGAUUGAUUGGAUAGCAGUAUAAUUAUCUUGUCUUUGUGAAAAACACCCACAUUAGCUCUUGACUGGUCAUGAAAAUGUGGCCAGUCAAAAUCGGUGGGGUAAAAAAGUGACAUGUCAAGAAGGCAUCUUUGGCCGGUCAUUGUCCGUCCGUUAUUGAACCCUGAAAUUAUACAGGAAUUACAUUGUAUACAUGCAAACAUAAGAAUGAUAGGAUGCUACUUCAGUCUGUAAUAUUUCAAGUGUCAAUUCUUGGCAAAACCUAUUGUGAUUGGGAAAUUUAUUCAUUUUAUCGUCUUUUAAAUUUUCAUUUCAGGCAUCCGUUCACUUUCGUUCCAUAAUGAUGUAGUGACAAUUGGUACAGGUUAUGGUUCUUGCUCAUUCUUGGAUUUGAGAACAUAUAAAUUUAUUCAAAAGCCCGAUGGGAAUGUUUGUCAAUUGAAAGCUGGGGAAGGAUGGUUGGUAAGUGUAAAACAUUUUUACCAUUACUCCUAUGUGCACUUUACAGAAUCUUAGUUCUUACCUAAAUUGCAAACCAAAAAAAAAAAAUCCAGAAGGCAUUAACAUUUCAACUUUUCCUUCUAUUUCAGCGUCGUGAUGAGAUAUUCUAUACGUUGUUUGGUGAAAUGUGUUUUCCAACAGCCAUAUACACACACUGUUAUGAUCCAACUGGAAGUAAACUAUUCACAGGCGGUGGUCCAUUGGCUGUGGGACUGUAUGGAAACUACGCUGCUUUGUGGCAAUGAAAAAUUGAAAUUUGAAGUGACAGUUGCAUUUAAGAUAAAUGUGAAAUAAGGACUGGUACUUUCCAGUACCAGACUUUCAGUUGUGAAAUGGAAUUCAAAAAACAGUUGUCUUAGUUCUAGAGUACAUUACAAUAUAAGACUUACAUGAAGCAAGUCUAUUUAAAAUUUGAGUGUAAAUAAACUAAAUAUUUUGCUUAGGAUGUAUUUGUAUCAUAUGAUAGAAUAAAAUCUUACCUUUGUUUAUUUAUUCUGUAUUGAUGUUUUGCUUUGUUUUAGCAUUCUGUAGUUGUUGGUGUGUUGCUAGCUUGUACUGUCAUGAAACCAAAAACACCUUGCCGACACCAAUUGCUAGCAUAUUUAUGAAAGCAUGCACUUGAAAAGACCUCGGGAAUAAUGCUUUCCACAUGACACCAUUUGACCAUUUUCCCAUCCUGCGACUGUUUUUAUGUUCAGAACUGGAUUUCUGGACGAUAAUUAUCAAAAUUGAAACAAAACCCAAACUAUUGAGAAGACUUUAUUACAAUACUCAAUUCAAACAUGGAACAUUUUAUCUCUGUCCAAAGCCGCCGCCACCACCUGGGCGGAAACUUUGUGUGGCUGUGAUCGGCUGCGUCACUUGAAGAUUUGCAAUGUUGCCAAAGUCCUGUU